CCUCUGUCCUGGCGCACGCCCCACGGAGGACGCGUUGCCGACCCGGCAGCGGCGCACACCCGGAGAGGACCCGGAGCCAUGGGCCGCCAGCCCCGGAGGGCGGCGGCGCUGCUGCUCGGGCUGCUCGUGGAGUGCACAGAGGCCAAAAAACAUUGCUGGUAUUUUGAAGGGCUCUAUCCAACAUAUUAUAUAUGCCGCCCUUACGAGGACUGCUGUGGCUCCAGGUGCUGCGUGCGGGCCCUCUCCAUCCAGAGGCUGUGGUACUUCUGGUUCCUCUUGAUGAUGGGUGUGCUCUUCUGCUGUGGAGCCGGCUUCUUCAUCCGGAGGCGCAUGUACCCCCCACCGCUGAUUGAGGAGCCCGCGUUCAACGUGUCCUACACCAGGCAGCCCCCCAACGCCACCCCAGGAGCCCAGCAGCCGGGGCUGCCAUAUUACACGGACCCCGGAGGACCAGGGCUGAAUCCCGCCGGGAACCCCAUGGCGAUGGCUUUCCAGGUCCAACCCAACUCACCCCAGGGAAGCACGGCCUACCCGCCGCCCCCUUCUUACUGCAAUACGCCCCCGCCCCCGUAUGAACAGGUGGUGAAGGCCAAGUAGCAGGGGCACCUGCCUGUGCGACCUCACAGGGGAACAGAGAGAGGCGCGUUCAUUCCACCUCUCUGUCCCCAUCAAUGUUCACUUCUGGGAAUUGUCUCCUGAGCCACUAAGGGCAAGUUCCUCUUUGAUUCCUUCAAAUCAAGCACAGCCCCCUUUCACUUGUUCCGUGGAAGACCAAUAUUUGAAUUCACCCCGUGUCUCUGUUACUUCUGUUUCUGGUGUAAUCUGAGCUCUGGCAGAGUGUGGACAGUCCCCGAGGGCUGACACCUUAGAUCCUGGGGGGAGAGACUAAGGAGGCGGAGGAGGCGGGGCUGGUGCGUGCCGGUGAGCACAGGUGAGCACACGGAGGGCCGCUGCUGGCCCCGACAGCCUCCUCCCAGGCAGCUUGCGGAAGUGAGGCCCCACGGGGCCCACCCUUGUGCCCCUCGUCCUGUGGGUCUUCCUCUUCAAGAAGCAGUUAGACUUGUGGUGUAGAAGAAGCCUUUUAGCCCUUUCUGUCUCCGCUCACUUCCUAAAGAUGAGAGAGGCUGCCCUCCUGCACAGCCACGGCUGGGAGAGCGCUCCUUCUCCUCAAGGAGACGAUGAUCCGGAAUCAGGCCAAGUUGGAUGUCUGCACUUCCCCUGAAAAUCGCUAAGGAAAGUGCUUUAUAUUUAUGAGGAAUUGAUCGAAUUGCUCUCUGCCUCAAACUGGGACAUUGCACUUCAUGAGCUCUUGGUUUGAUGUGGCAACAGUAAAAUGUUUCCCUGUUUUUUAGUGAGUUUGUGGAAGCUCCUGUAGAGUCCUGUCCUUUGAGGUCAGAUUGAGAGUGUCUUCCCUGACCGUCAGCCGCCCUCUGGCUAUGUUCCGACCACAGGUCUCCAUGGCCUUCCCAGAGGCAGCCCUAGAGGUGGGCUGUGACGGAUAGCUUGCAAAGCAGAGAGAAACCGCCGGCUGGGAAGUCACAUCAUCCCCUGGGACAGAGCUGUCCCAGCAGGCCGGGGCCCUAGUUUGUUUGAUCUCAGCAGGAGUGCGUGUCUGACUCUGACGAGGAAAGCUUGCUGGGGGGAAAAAAAAAAGAAAAAGACCAGGAACGCGAAAUCCCAGGACUGCAGGCUGAUCUCUGCAAACAGCACCUCAUAGGUUUCACUGACAACUCAACCAACAUUAGAAUAGAAGGUGUGGUGGGAAAUGCAAACCCUGCCUGAGAAACGAUCUACCCCUGGGAUCCCGCAAGCGGUGAAGCUGACCGUGCAUUGAAACCCAGACUGAGAUCUGACGGCUUGUUAUGUAUAGGAAGGCAAAGGUGGGUAGGUCCCUGUGCUGUAGUAGUGGGUUUUGGGGGGGCAGGGCGGGGGACCCUUAUUUUUGUACGAGCUGAUUGGAGCCUCUUGAGAAAUUGUUACUCAUUGAACUUGAGCAUCAGAACAUCUCGCUGGAGUGGAUGCUGAGUGUUUUCAUUCCCCCAGAUCAGAGGUCCCUUUCCUACUGGGAUCUCUGUAUGGGGAGGGUGGGGGGCCACAGCGGCGCUCUGCUAUACCUUCCUCUGAAGAUGGAGAAUCUGCCCACCUCCCAGGGGGUUCCACAGGAAGCGCUUAGAGCCACACGAACACCCUUGGAAACACAGUUUAUAAACCCAGAUGCUGCUGCUGGGGUCUCUCAGCCACCCUCCGUGACCUCCGAACUCCUGGACUCCGGCUCCUCCCACACUCGAGUCCUGGAGUCCCGGGAGACAGGAAAGCACAACGUUGCCCUUUGCAACCAAGGACAACCACAGGGGUCCAGAAGGUUCCCCUUCCUCCAGGUCUUGUGUUUUGCAUUUUUAAUUUGAAUGUCUCCCUUCACUUUUUUUUUUUUUAAAUCAGGCAGCACAGGAAGAGAUGCCCCUGGAAUUGGAUCCGGGUACAGCUGAUGGAGACCCAGAUAUCCAUGACUUAAUUUUAUCUUUUUUGAUAGCAAAUGAUCUCAGAGACUGGAUGACUUAGGUAGUGCGCAAUCGCUUUGUAUUCUGCGUGCGUGAGGUUAAAUUCCGUUUUCCCCUUGAACCUGGACGAGAACCCCGCUACACUGAACCCCAGUACUGCGCAUAGACAUUCCACUCGUGGGGACGUUUUCCUGGCCGUUCUCAUUUCCCCUGUGCUGUCAGUGGACCGUGUCCCCCUCCCGGACUAGUCCAGCUCCUGGCGUGUUGAUGUCUUAGAGAGUCCGUGGUUAGGAGUAACUGGGAGCCGAUCUGUGCGUGUUCUCUCUGCAACAUUUGGCUCCUUUCUCUUUUUUGUUCUCUUUUGAUAGGGUCCCGUUUCCUAUGUC